GCCUUGAGAUGCAGCCUUACUCUUUGGCCAAAGUUACUUUGUUUCCCGGCCUGUCUCCAGGUCUGCAGCACGUUUCUGACUGUUACCUGCCAGAAGCGGAAAUGCUCUCCGCCUCCAACAUACAUGGCGAUGCGAUGCCGCGCUCGGCGUCUCUUUCUUACCCCCCCUAGUCUUUGCAGUCGGGCGACCGAACUCGAGGCGAUGGUACUCUACAUCGCUCUCUGGUGUGGAGGCAUACGCCGUACCAGAUAGGUUUAACCGGAUUGGCAUUGCACGUGCGAGAGAGCCCAGCCAUUCAAGUUACCACGAGCAGGAAACUAUGCUUUUGUUUGGUAGCAUUGGAUCAUCAUGCGCGCGUGAUGCGGGGUCGGUUGGGAAGUGCCCUGGUUUAGAAGAUGUUUAGGCCCUGGAGUGGCACAUGCUAUUACAUGGCGUCUAUGUUGUGGCAAAGCGAGACAGAUAUUGGCUGCUCAGGUCCAUAUCCAUUUCCGCUGCAAGGAACAGACUCGGGUCGUAUUAGGUGGCGAAUCUGGGGUAUGUUGCGCGUCCAUUUUUGUGCAGCGUCUGUGGUUCCCGCCGUCGGUAAUCUUGGUUUAAACCUAAUUCCAAUUAGUUCUAGAUUGAUUGCCACGGAGCAACCUUCUGUCUCAUCCUCGGUUAGAACGUCCAACAGGAUGGUGGAUGGCUGGUGAGUCUGUUAACCUGUAAAUGCUUCGGACUUUUGAACACGAGGAGUAAAACCGGUACCGUUUAAUUAUUUCGUCGUUGCCGAAUCUUGUCAGGUGGUGAGAUGCCAAACUGUUGCUGCGGUAGGCAGCGUGAUGUAGCGGUACAACAGUCUUCAGACCGUGAGAUGGUGAGCACGGAGUCGGGACCUAGCGCCUCCGCCCCCACCACCCGGCAAUGGAACCCCACCUACGCAGGACGUACUCAACCUUUGAAGUGGCGGGGUAAUUAUUAUGUAAGGUAUUGGGUGGUGAUGGAUGAGCCGAGGGCCAUCCGUUGGAGGAACAGGAUCAAGGACAGCACAAUGUCAAC